GGCGUCCUGGCGGGGAUGGCCCUGGGGAACAAAGGGCGGGAAGCCGCGCUUCCCGCGGGGACCCCGCUCUGGGCGCCGCCCCCCGGCCCGGACACGCGGGAGCUGCUGCAGAGCGUGGAGCGGGACUUCGGCAUCGAUGCCCGGCAGCUGGCGCCCGCCCCGGGGGGCGCCCACGCCGUCGCGCUCGUGCCCCUGCGCUGGCUGGCCGGCCUCCGCGAGCGCCGCCUGCCCCCGGGCCCCUGUCCCCGCGCCGACGGCCUGGGCGAGGCGGAAGUCAGGGCUCUCCUGCAGCGCUCCGUGCAGAGGCUGCCGCCCGGCUGGACGCGCGUGGAGGUGCACGCGCUGCGCAAGCGGAGACUGGCCUACCCACUGGGCGGGGGCCUGCCGUCGGAGGAUGGCCCCGGCGGCCCCGAGACACUCAAUCGUUUCAUGCAGGAUGUGGCUGCUCAGAACUAUCGGAAUCUCUGGCGGCACGCCUAUCAGACUUAUGGGCAGCCCUAUAGUCACAGUCCUUCCCCCUUAGCCGGCCCUGCCCUGGAUUCGGUCCGACAGGCUCUGCAGAGGGUCUACGGUGGCUCCUUCCUGCCCGUGGGGGAAGCCACCCCGUGCCCAUCCGAUAUCAGAGAUGGCUCCUGUGCCUCGCGGGCCGGCCCUGCCUGUCCCAGCCUUCUCAGAGCCGAGGCCCUGCUGGAAUCGCCUGAGAUGCUCUACGUGAUCCAUCCUUACAUGCAGUUCUCUCUGCACGACGUGGUCACCUUCAGCCCCGCCAAACUGACCAAUAGCCAAGCCAAGGUGCUCUUCAUUCUUUAUCAAGUGCUACAGGCCAUGGAGGUCUGUCACCGUCAGGGGCUGGCUUGUGGGGCUUUAUCUUUGCACCACAUUGCUGUGGAUGAGAAACUGUGCACUGAGCUCCAGCUGGACCUAAGGGCUUAUGAGAGGCUCACAGAGGGUGAGGAGGGGGAGAUCCCUGUAACAAGGACAGAGGCAGCCACUGAGCCUGCGAAAGCAAAGGGAAGGGUCGAUGAGUGUGCCAUCUGCCAGGAAGAACUUAGAGGCCUUGUGCUUGACUGGGUCCAUGGCCGCAUCAGCAACUUCCACUACCUCAUGCAGCUGAAUCGGUUGGCAGGACGACGGCAGGGGGACCCCAACUACCAUCCUGUACUUCCUUGGGUGGUGGACUUCACCACACCACACGGUCGCUUCCGGGACCUGCGCAAAUCCAAGUUCCGCCUCAACAAGGGCGAUAAGCAGCUGGACUUCACGUAUGAGAUGACACGGCAGGCAUUCGUGGCGGGGGGUUCGGGUGGUGGGGAGCCCCCACAUGUACCUCACCACAUUUCCGAUGUGCUCUCAGACAUCACUUACUACGUGUACAAAGCGCGACGAACACCUCGUUCUGUGCUCUGUGGGCAUGUGCGGGCGCAGUGGGAACCCCACGAGUAUCCUGCCAGCAUGGAACGUAUGCAGAACUGGACACCUGACGAGUGCAUCCCCGAGUUCUACACUGACCCCUCUAUUUUUUGUUCCAUCCACCCUGACAUGCCAGACCUGGAUGUGCCGGCCUGGUGCAGCUCUGGCAAGGAGUUUGUGGUGGCCCACCGGGCACUGCUAGAGAGCCACGAGGUGUCACAGGACCUGCACCACUGGAUUGACCUCACCUUUGGCUACAAGCUCCAGGGCAAGGAGGCAGUGAAGGAGAAGAAUGUGUGUUUACACCUGGUGGAUGCACACACACACCUCACCAGUUUUGGUGUGGUGCAGCUCUUUGACCAGCCACACCCCCGGCGACUGGCUGGGGCUCCUGCCCUGGGCCCUGAGCCUCCACUCAUCCCUAGGCUGUUGUUUCAGACCAUCCAAGAGAGCAUUGGCCGGGAAGACUAUCCAGGCCAGCCUCCUAAUGGGGCAAGCCGGCUGGUUUUGGAGGCUACCCCAUGUGAGGCUGGCUGGAACCUGGACCGGCCUAUGGCCGGAGAAGAUGAUUUAGAGCAGGCCACCGAAGCCCUGGAUUCCAUUGCCCUGGCCGGGAAAGCUGCUGACCAGCUAGGCCCCUCUUCCUCCUCCUCUCCUUCCUCUUCCUCUAGUCAGGCCCCCCCAGGCCUCCUCUCUUUCUCAGUGACCUCUGCCUCUCGUCCAAGCCGCAGGAGCAAAGUAUCAGGAGCUGACCCCGGGGAAGGGGAGGAAGGGAAGAUUCUCCUCCCAGAGGGCUUUAACCCCCUGCAGGCUCUGGAAGAGCUGGAGAAACUUGGCAACUUCCUGACCAAAGGCCUUGGGGGCUGUUUGGAGGUGGCUGAAGAGCCCCAGCUCCAGCACCCCAUGCAGCUUCAGGACCUCUUCCAUAGGGACAUGCAAGCACUGGGGAUCUUAUUGGCCGAGAUGGUAUUUGCUACCCGUGUUCGAACACUACAGCCAGAUGCCCCCUUGUGGGUACGUUUUGAGGCGGUUCGGAGGCUCUGCACACGCUAUCCCAAGGAGAUUCCUGUGUCUCUUCAGCCUGUACUGGAUGUUCUUCUGCAACUGAGUAGAUCUGAAGGCUCCAUUGGGGUGGGGCGGGGCAAGCCAGACCUUCUGUUUUCGUACAGGCCCAUCUCCCAGGGAUUGCCCCCACCCUCUCCGACCCAGCUCCUCAGCCCUUUCAGCUCUCUGGUCCCCUUCCCGCCCUACUUCCCAGCGCUGCAUAAAUUCAUCCUCCUUUAUCAGUCUCGGAAGGUAGAAGAUGAGGCCCAGGGCCGGGAGCUAGUCUUCAGCCUGUGGCAGCAACUUGGUGCAGUGCUGAGUGACAUCACCCCAGAAGGUCUGGAAAUUUUGCUGCCAUUUGUGUUGUCCCUCAUGUCUGAGGAACACACAGCUGUCUAUACAGCCUGGUAUCUCUUUGAGCCUGUAGCUAAGGCACUGGGCCCCAAAAAUACCAAUAAGUACCUUCUGAAGCCUCUCAUCGGGGCCUAUGAGAGUCCCUGCCGGCUCCACGGCCGCUUCUACUUGUACACGGACUGCUUUGUGGCCCAGCUGAUGGUGCGGUUGGGCCUGCAAGCCUUUCUUGUGCACCUGCUGCCCCACGUUCUGCAGGUGCUGGCUGGGGUGGAGGUCUCCCAAGAGGAGAGCAAGGGUCUGUCAGGGGCUGCUGAGGAUGAGGAGAGCGAGCUCCCAGGGGGCGGGCCCAACUCCUGUGCCUUCGGGGAGGAGAUUCAGAUGGGUGGAGAAACUGCUGCUUCUUCAGGCUUGGGGCUUCUGGACUAUACGUCUGGUGUCAGCUUCCAUGACCAAGCUGACCUUCCUGAGACAGAGGAUUUCCAGGCUGGCCUCUAUGUGAAUGCAGCUCCACAGCCCCAGGAGGCUGAGGCUGUGAGCCUGGGCCAUCUAAGUGACAAGAGCAGUACCAGUGAGACCUCCUUAGGUGAAGAGCGAGCAGCAGAUGAAGGAGCAGCACCUCUGGACAAGAGCAGCCUCAGGUCAGGUGACAGCAGCCAGGACCUGAAGCAGAGUGAGGGCUCUGAGGAAGAUGAGGAGGAAGAAGGCUGUGUGGUGUUGGAGGAGGACGAGGGUGAGCCGGAGGAGGGCCCUGAGGCAACUGAGCUCACUCUCUCUGAUACUGUGCUAUCCAUGGAAACGGUGGUGGCUGGCGGAGGUGGGACAGACCAGGAGGAAGAGGAGGAACCAUUGACAGAGCAAUCGGAGGGCAAAGAACAGAAGAUCCUUCUAGAUACAGCGUGCAGGACGGUCCGCUGGCUGGCUGCCAAGCUUGGCCCCACAGUUGCCUCUCGCCACGUGGCUCGGAACCUGCUCCGCCUACUGACAUCAUGUUAUGUGGGGCCCACCCGGCAGCAGUUCAUGGCGAGCAGUGGGGAGAGUCCUCCUCUGAGUGCCGGGAACAUUUACCAGAAGAGACCUGUGCUGGGCGAUGUAGUAUCGGGACCUGUGCUCAGCUGCCUCCUCCAUGUUGCACAUCUGUACGGGGAGCCAGUGCUCACCUACCAAUACCUGCCCUACAUCAGCUACCUGGUGGCCCUGGGGGGCACCGCCAGCCCCAGUCGACUUAACAGCCGUAAGGAGGCGGGACUGCUGGCCGCGGUGACGUUGACCCAGAAGAUCAUUGUGUACCUCUCAGAUACCACCCUUAUGGACAUCUUACCCCGCAUCAGCCAUGAGGUCCUGCUACCGGUGCUCAGCUUCCUCACCUCCCUCAUCACGGGUUUCCCAAGUGGAGCGCAGGCCCGGACAGUGCUGUGUAUGAAGACCAUCAGCCUCAUCGCUCUCAUCUGCUUGCGCAUUGGACAGGAGAUGGUUCAGCAGCACCUCAGUGAGCCUGUAGCCACCUUCUUCCAGGUCUUUUCUCAGUUGCAUGAGCUCCAGAAGCAGGAUCUGAAGCUGGAUUCAGCAGGCCGUGGAGAGGGCCAGUUACCCGAGGUGACCUUUUCUGAUGGGCAACAGCGACUGGUGGACCUCACUGUACUGGACGAGCUGCAGAAGGUGUUCACCUUGGAGAUGGCAUAUACAAUCUACGUGCCCUUCUCCUGCCUGUUGGGUGACAUCAUUCGAAAAGUCAUCCCCAAUCAUGAGCUGAUUGGGGAGCUGGCGGGGCUGUAUUUGGAGAGCAUCAGUCCCAGUGGAUGCAGUCCUGCCAAUGCAGAGCCCACAGCACCCAGCACAGGCCCAGAGUGGGACCCUCAGGGUGGGGCCUGCAGCCAGGAUGACGGCCACUCAGGGACAUUUGGGAGCGUGCUGGUGGGCAACCGCAUUCAGCUCCCCGACAGUUCCCAGGCCAACAACCCUGGGCCUCUUGGCUCCAUCUCCGGGACAUGUGGUGGGGGUCUGAGCAGUGAGAAUGAGGACAAUGCGCUGAAGCGGGAGCUGCCCCGGAGCACGCAUGGGCUGAGUGGGAACUGGCUGGCCUAUUGGCAGUAUGAGAUUGGUGUGAGCCAGCAAGACGCCCACUUCCACUUCCACCAGAUCCGCCUUCAGAGCUUCCCGGGCCACUCGGGGGCUGUCAAGUGUGUGGCCCCUCUAAGCAACGAGGACUUCUUCCUGAGUGGUAGUAAGGACCGCACUGUUCGCCUCUGGCCACUCUACAACUCUGGGGACGGAACAAGUGAAACAGCGCCACGCCUCAUCUAUGCUCAGCACCGCAAGAGCGUCUUCUUUGCUGGUCAACUGGAGGCCCCGCAGUGCGUGGUAACCUGCGACGGGGCUUUGCAUAUCUGGGACCCCUUCACAGGAAAGACCAUCCGCACAGUGGAGCCCUCAGACAGCCGGGUGCCUCUGACUGCGGUGGCUGUCAUGCCUGCCCCCCAUACCAGCAUCACCAUGGCCAGCUCCGACUCAACUCUGCGCUUUGUGGACUGCAGGAAGCCUGGCCUGCAGCAUGAGUUCCGCCUGGGAGGUGGGUUGAAUCCUGGGCUUGUUCGUGCCCUGGCUAUCAGCCCCAGCGGCCGGAGCGUUGUGGCUGGAUUUUCCUCAGGCUUCAUGGUGCUCUUGGACACCCGUACAGGACUGGUUCUUCGAGGCUGGCCAGCCCAUGAGGGAGACAUCCUGCAGAUCAAGGCAAUAGACAGCGGCAUCCUGAUCAGCUCCUCGUCUGAUCACUCCUUGACAGUGUGGAAGGAGAUGGAGCAAAAGCCCACGCACCACUAUAAGUCAACCUCUGACCCCAUCCACACCUUCGACCUGUACGGCAAUGAAGUGGUCACUGGCACUGUGGCCAACAAGAUCGGCGUUUGCUCUCUGCUCGAGCCACCCUCCCAGGCCACCACCAAACUCAGCUCAGAGAACUUCCGGGGCACACUCACCAGCUUGGCCUUGCUGCCCACCAAAAGGCACCUCUUACUAGGCUCAGACAAUGGGGUCAUUCGCCUCUUGGCCUAGCCUGUGGUGGCUAACAGACUAAUCCCCACCAUCCCUCCCUUUUCCCAUUCUCUGCUGCAGCUCCUCCCAAAUAAGCCCCAGGGCCUGUGCUGCCGGAAGGAAGCCUGCAUGGGGAAUGGUUGAUCCCCAAGAAACAGGG